AAAAUUUGUUUAUAAAUUUUUCGGCAAAAAUUUUGAAAAUUUGUAAAAACAUUUAUUUUAAAAAAUUUUUUAAUUAGAAUUUAAGAAAAAGUUUUAAAAUGCCGAAAGAACAGUUUCGUGAAGCAGAUGUUAUCAAAAAAAUUUCACAUGUUCAGUUUUGUAUUGAUAGCCCACAACAAAUUCAACAGGAGUCUGUUUUACGAAUUGUUUCGAAAAAUCUUUAUGGACCAAACCGUGAACCAAUACCAUAUGGUGUUCUAGAUAGGCGUAUGGGAAUAAGUAUGAAAGAUGCAUUAUGUGAAACAUGUAAUCAAGGAUUAAAUGAAUGUGUUGGACAUUUUGGUUAUUUAGAUUUAGCUUUACCAGUAUUUCAUGUUGGUCAUUUCCGUGCUACUAUUUCAAUUUUACAAAUGAUAUGUAAAACAUGUUCCCAUAUUAUGCUAAAGGAUACAGAUAAAGUUAUUUUUGCUAAAAGAUUAUUAAAUCCAGAUUUAUCAUAUUUAGCUAAAAAGAAUAUACACUCUCAAAUAUUAACGAAAGCGAAGAAAAAUAAUAAAUGUUUGCAUUGUGGGGCAAUCAAUGGAGGUGUUAAAAAAGGUCCCGGUCUUAUGAAGAUACUACAUGAUCCAUAUAAAGGGAAAAAAGCAACCGAUCCAAUAAUGACUCAAGCUCUUGAUGAGUUAGUUGAAGCUACACAAUCAAAUCGCGAAUUAAAUCAAAUUCUUAAUCAAAAUUCAUUAGUCGAAGAACUUAAUCCUCUGACGGUUUAUGAACUCUUUAAAAACAUUCCAAAAUGUGAUGUACCUAUACUUGGUAUGACUUCAGAAGAUGCAGAUCCUUUAAAUUUAAUCGUUACAAGAGUAUUUGUGCCACCAGUUUGUAUAAGACCUUCAGUUGUAUCAGAUGUGAAAGCUGGAACAACUGAAGAUGAUCUUACAAUGAAACAAAGUGAAAUUUUACUUAUAAAUGAUGUUAUUCUAAAACACAUGAAUAGUGGAGGAAAAAUUGAAUUAAUACAAGAAGAUUGGGAUUUUUUACAAUUACAUGUUGCUUUAUAUUUUAAUAGUGAGAUAUCUGGAAUACCACUUAGUAUGGUACCUAAAAAAUCUACUAGGGGUAUUGUUCAAAGACUCAAAGGAAAACAAGGGCGAUUUAGAGGAAAUCUUUCUGGGAAACGUGUAGAUUUUUCUGCUCGUACUGUAAUUUCUCCGGAUCCCAAUUUAAUGAUACACCAAGUCGGAGUUCCAGAUCGUGUUGCAAAAAUAUUAACGUAUCCUGAAAAAGUAAAUCCAGCAAAUAUUCAAAGAAUGAAACAAUUGGUCCGCAAUGGAACUAAUGUACACCCGGGAGCAAAUUAUGUUCAACAACGUGGUAGUACUUUUAAAAAGUAUUUAGCAUAUGGUAAUCGAGAUAAAGUUGCACACGAUUUGAAAUGCGGUGAUAUUGUUGAAAGGCACAUGACAGAUGGGGAUAUAGUAUUAUUUAAUCGUCAACCAAGUUUACAUAAACUUAGUAUUAUGUCACAUCAAGUCAAGGUACAACCACAACGAACCUUCCGAUUUAAUGAAUGUGCAUGUACACCAUACAACGCCGAUUUUGAUGGUGAUGAAAUGAAUUUACAUUUACCACAGACUGAAGAAGCUCGGGCGGAAGCUUUGAUUCUUAUGGGUAAUAAAUCAAAUUUAGUGACACCAAAAAACGGUGAAAUAUUAAUUGCUGCAACACAAGAUUUUAUAACUGGUGGUUAUUUGUUAACACAAAAAGAUGAAUUUUUAACAAAAGAACAAGCAAUGCAAUUAGCUGCUUGUAUGUUGGCAGGACCAGAUUCAAAUAUGGAUAUUGAUUUACCACCACCCGCUAUAAUAAAACCAAGACGUUUUUGGACUGGAAAACAAAUAUUCAGUUUAAUAUUAAAACCAAAUAAAAAAUGUACAGUUCUUGCUAAUUUAUCAACUAAAGGGCGAAAUUACACAAAGAAUACAGAUAUGUGUGUUAAGGAUUCAUGGGUUGUUAUAAGAAAUUCAGAACUUUUGUGUGGUUCUAUGGAUAAAGCAACAUUGGGAUCUGGAACGAAAAAUUGUAUAUUUUAUGUUAUUUUAAGAGAUUUUGGUGAAAUGCAUGCAACAAAAGCGAUGUGGCGAUUAGCGCGGAUGGCAUCUUAUUUUAUGAUGAAUCGAGGUUUCUCAUUUGGAAUUAGUGAUGUCACACCUAGUCAGAAAUUACUUUCAGAAAAACAAAAACUUUUAGAAAGAGGUUAUAGAAAAUGUGAUGAUUAUAUUAUGGAAAUGAAAAAAGGAAUUUUACAAUGUCAGCCCGGUUGCACACCGGAACAGACAUUGGAAGCUGUAAUGUUAAAAGAAUUGUCAACCAUUCGUGAACAGGCCGCUCAAAUUUGUUUCCGCGAAUUACACCCAACAAAUAGUGCUUUAAUAAUGGCGUUGUCUGGAUCAAAAGGUUCAAAUAUUAAUAUUUCGCAAAUGAUUGCUUGUGUUGGUCAGCAAGCUAUUAACGGCAAACGUGUACCAAACGGUUUUGAAGAUAGAGCUCUACCCCAUUUUGAGAAAUUUUCAAAAAUACCUGCUGCCAGAGGUUUUGUACAAAACAGUUUCUAUUCUGGUUUAACACCUCCUGAAUUUUUCUUUCAUACAAUGGCAGGACGUGAAGGUUUAGUUGAUACAGCUGUAAAAACUGCAGAAACGGGUUAUUUACAGAGACGUUUAGUAAAGUGUUUGGAAGAUCUAGUAGUGCAUUAUGAUGGUUCAGUAAGAAAUGCGAUUGGAGAGAUUGUUGAAUUAACUUAUGGUGGAGAUGGUUUAGAUCCAGCUUUCAUGGAAGUAAAAAAUAAACCUGUAGACUUAGUGCGCCAGUUUAAUCAUAUAAGAGCUAUAAAACCGUUGAGGAACGAGGUACCCUUACCUGGUAACGAAAUUAAAUUAAUCGCGGAGAAAAUAUUACAAGAAGAAGAAUUUUAUAAUUGCCGAAAUGAUUUUCGGAACGAAUGUUUACAGUUCUUGGAAAAAACUGGAAAAAGAAUUAGUGAUAUUCAAGGUCGAUACAAGUGUCAUAAAAAUUUAGUUAAUGAAAUUGAGCGAUGUACGGAAGGUCAAAUUAGAGAAUUUUGUCGUAUAGUUAAUGAUAAAUACAACAGAAGUGUAGCCGAACCAGGAACAGCUGUCGGUGCUUUGGCAGCGCAGAGUAUUGGUGAACCAGGAACCCAAAUGACAUUGAAAACUUUCCAUUUUGCUGGUGUAGCUUCUAUGAAUAUUACACAGGGUGUACCUCGUAUUGUUGAAAUUAUUAAUGCUACUAAAACAAUUUCUACUCCCAUUAUAACAGCAGAAAUUGAAAAUAACACUAAUAUGGAGUUUGCUAGAAAAGUUAAGGCUCGCAUAGAAAAAACGACUUUAUCAGAAAUCGCUUCAUAUAUUGAAGAAGUUUAUAAACCAGAUGACGCAUUUUUAUUAAUUAAAUUAGAUUUAGAUAGAAUUAGAGUAUUAGGACUAGAAAUUAAUGCGGAUUCAAUUCGUUAUUCGAUAUGUGUAUCUAAGUUGAGAAUAAAACCAGCAAAUGUAAUAACAUAUGGUGAAUCAAUAAUUAUCGUACGACCCGAUUUAGUAAAGCACGGUAAUGCUCUAAAUGCGGAACUACAACGUUUGGUUAUUGCGAUACAAAGUGUUGUUGUUGCUGGUCUUCAAAAUGUUUCGAGAGCAGUAAUUGCUGUGGAUGAUUCUAUAAAACCACCAAAGUAUAAAUUGUGUGUUGAAGGUUCUGGUUUAAGAGAUGUUAUGGCUACAUUUGGUGUAAUAGGUACAAGAACUCGUAGUAAUAACAUUUGGGAAGUUUAUAAUACAUUAGGUAUCGAAGCAGCCCGUACCACAAUUAUGAAUGAAAUAACAGAUGUUAUGGAAGGCCAUGGUAUGAGUGUUGAUCAUCGUCAUAUUAUGCUAUUAGCUAGUCAAAUGACUGCCCGUGGUGACGUUCUAGGUAUAACAAGACAUGGUUUAGCAAAAAUGAGAGAAAGUGUAUUUAAUUUAGCUUCGUUUGAGAAAACAGCUGACCAUUUAUUUGAUGCUGCUUAUUAUGGUCAAACAGAUUCAAUUGAUGGUGUUUCAGAACGUAUUAUAUUAGGAAUGCCAGCUUCUAUUGGCACUGGAUUAUUCAAAUUAAUACACAAUCACAACAAUGAGCCGUUAGAGCCACCCGUGGAACCAUUACUUUCUAGUUACAACAUAGAUGAUUGAUAAAUAAAUUAUUUUUUUAAUGAAGAAAUUUGACAAAUUUUUAUAGCUCUUUUUUUGUUUUGAUACUGAAUUGCAAAUAAAAAAAAAGAAUUUAAUAAGUUGAAUGAGUUUAUUUGUCGCAAGGGAAAAUAAAUAUGACGUUGCAUUAGAUAUGGUAGAAAAAGGGAAGUGUUAUUGGUGUGAAAUAAAUAAAUAGAAAAAUUCUUAAAAUAGAUUUAAGUACGUAUUUUAGAUCCCACUUUGGAAUCCUAAAUUUAGGUAUGUAAAACGUAAUCUUAUACUAACAUACUAUAACGCAAAAAUAUAAAAUAAAUGAAUAUGUACAUAACAUCAAGCGUUACUUCCA